CAACAAUAAACAGACAAAAAAAAGCCACAUCCUUGACUUGAUGUCAGAACAAUGAAAAAUCAUAAUAAAUACGCCAAAUUGCCCCAAGAUUUGGAUUUGGAUUUGAGUUAUCAAUGUGGCGAUGAUUUGGAUUUACUGCCGGAUACAGCAGCUGAUAUCGACCUAGAUGUGGAUACAAAUGAGUUGCAUUUGACUCUGCCUGCCGCCGGCAAUCGCAAUCAGGACCAGGGCCAGGACGACGAAGACGACGGCGGUGACGAGAACGACGACGACGACGAGGAAGACGAGGACGAGAUUGUGUUCGCCAGCGGCGGAAGGCGUAAAGGAUUGCGUCUAGCCCCAACUGCUGCUACUGCAACACGUAAGCACCAGCAAAAGCAACAACAACAGAAACACCACCACCACCAGCAAAAGCAACAAAAACAACAACAACAAUUGGAACAAUUGCAUAGCACGAAGAUAAAUAAAAUUUGCGGUCUCGGCAGCGACAGCGUUAUCGAGACGGGUCUAACCCUGACACCUGAAAUGUUGCUCUCCACAUCGGAAUCAUCAACGCAUAGCGCCUCCGAGGUAGCUGGACGUCUUCAGGUUGAUGUUCGAACGGGUCUUAAAUGGACAGAAGCCAAAUAUCGAGCCAAAAUCAUUGGACACAAUGAAUUACUUCUCGUCGAGGAUGAUCCCACAUGGAAGAAGUAUAUCGAGCAAUUUCGAAAUCCACUAAUUCUAUUGCUUCUGGGCUCAGCUUUGGUCUCGGUGAUAAUGAAACAAUUUGACGAUGCUGUUAGCAUUACGAUUGCCAUUCUCAUUGUGGUCACUGUGGCGUUCAUACAGGAAUAUCGCUCGGAGAAGAGUCUCGAAGAGCUGAAGAAACUAGUUCCUCCAGAGUGUCAUUGUCUGCGUGAGGGCCGUUUGGAUACAUUUCUUGCCCGUGAACUUGUUCCCGGUGAUGUAGUGCAUCUCAAUGUCGGCGAUCGUGUGCCAGCCGAUAUGCGUCUCUUUGAGGCUGUCGAUUUGUCCAUCGAUGAGAGCAGCUUUACGGGUGAAACGGAACCGGCGCGUAAAAUAACCGAUGUCCUGUUGAACAAUACGAAUGUCAAGGACCACAGCAACAUGAAGAACAUUGCCUUUAUGGGCACCCUGGUGCGUUGCGGCAAUGGCAAGGGCAUUGUGGUUAGCACUGGGGAGCGCAGUGAAUUUGGCGAGGUCUUCAAAAUGAUGCAGGCCGAGGAGGCACCAAAGACCCCGCUGCAAAAAUCAAUGGACAUCCUGGGCGCUCAAUUGAGUUUCUAUUCGUUUUUGAUAAUUGGCGUCAUUAUGCUACUGGGAUGGCUGCAGGGCAAACCCUUGUCCGAGAUGUUUAACAUCAGUGUCUCCCUGGCUGUGGCUGCCAUACCCGAGGGUCUGCCCAUUGUUGUUACCGUCACCCUGGCCUUGGGAGUGAUGCGUAUGGCCAAACGGAAUGCCAUUGUCAAGAAGUUGCCCACUGUCGAGACUUUGGGAUGUGUCAAUGUCAUUUGCUCGGACAAGACGGGCACAUUGACGAAAAAUGAGAUGACCGCGACCAUUAUUAUCACAUCCGAUGGCUACAUGGCUGAUGUAACCGGUGCCGGCUACAAUGACCAGGGUGAGAUUCAUAUUCGUCAUUGCAAUAACAUUGAAAUGGCCAAGGCAAAUAUCACAAAUCUCCUCGAAAUUGGAUCCGUGUGCAAUAAUGCUUUCAUUCAAAAUGGCACACUGCUGGGUCAACCCACGGAGGGUGCUCUCGUCGCGGUGGCCAUGAAGAACGGCAUGUAUGCCACCGCCGAGAAUUAUGUCCGCAUUCAGGAAUAUCCGUUCAGCUCCGAACAGAAAAUGAUGGCCGUCAAGUGUAUACACAAAUACAACAAUAAUAAGGAGGAAAUUUUCUUUGCUAAAGGUGCAUUGGAGUGCCUGCUACCACAAUGCACUAAAUAUCAAUUUGGCACCCAGACAGUGCCAUUGACCAAACAAAACGAGGAUGAGUUCCUUGCCGAGGCCUAUGAAAUCGGACGCAAGGGUCUCAGAGUGUUGGCCCUGGCUAAAGGUAGAUCCAUGCAGGAUUUGAUUUACUGCGGUCUAGUUGGCAUCACCGAUCCACCCAGGCCUCUUGUUCGCGAAUCCAUCGAGAUGCUAAUGCAUAGCGGAGUUCGCGUCAAAAUGGUCACAGGAGAUGCCCAGGAAACGGCCAUGGCUAUUGCGAAUCUCAUUGGCAUUGAUACGAUACAUCAUCAGACACUUUCUGGCCAGGAAAUCGAUCAAAUGAACGAACAUCAGUUGGACAAGGUGGCUAAUAAUGUGAGCGUAUUCUAUCGGGUCUCACCACGUCAUAAGCUGGAGAUUGUCAAGUCACUGCAGCGAACUGGAAACAUUGUUGGCAUGACAGGCGAUGGUGUUAAUGAUGGUGUGGCCCUCAAGAAGGCAGACAUUGGCAUUGCCAUGGGCAAGAAUGGUACAGAUGUUUGCAAGGAGGCGGCCGAUAUGAUAUUGGUUAAUGAUGACUUUCACACAAUUAUUGCUGCAAUUGAAGAGGGCAAAGGAAUUUUCUAUAAUAUACGGAAUUUUGUGCGCUUUCAAUUGUCCACAUCGAUUGCUGCAUUGGCCCUCAUUGCCUUGGCCACUUUAAUGGACAUUGCCAAUCCGUUGAAUGCCAUGCAAAUUCUAUGGAUUAACAUUAUUAUGGAUGGACCACCGGCUCAAUCGUUGGGCGUGGAGCCUGUCGAUCAUGAUGUUUUGAAGCAAAAGCCACGGAAUGUGAAACAACCAAUGAUAACUAAAUCGGUGGUGGUCAAUGUAUUGCUAAGCGCCAGCAUUAUCGUCCUGGGCACUCUAUGGGUAUUCCAGCGUGAGAUGGCCGAUGGGACAUUGGGCAAAACCAAGCGGGAUACAACAAUGACCUUCACCUGUUUUGUAUUUUUCGACAUGUUCAACGCCUUGUCGUGCCGCUCACAAACCAAAAGCGUUUUCACAAUUGGCCUGACCACAAACCGCAUGUUCCUGCUAGCUGUGGCCUUCUCGAUCAUUGGCCAAAUGCUGGUCGUUUACUUUCCCCCCCUACAGAUGGUAUUCCAAACGGAAGCUCUAACAGCAUACGACAUCAUAUUCCUCGUCUCGCUCACCUCCUCCGUCUUGGUUGUCUCUGAGAUCAAAAAAUGGUUCGAACGCGCCAUGGAACGCAAAAUGUACAGCACGCGAUCUGAAUUAGAUUUUGUAUGACAAAACGCAAGCGCUAGAGAUGUGUUGCAUAAACAGAAAAAAGCCGAGUAAAAAAUAAGCCAAAAACCAAAAAAAAAAAACAAA